UGACUGUAAAUCGAGACGAUGAAAGCGCACCUGCCGUUAUUGGCUGCAGUAGCCUUCGGACAUACUUCUGAAAUUAAAGGACAGACUUCGGACGACGAAGAUUCGCUGAACGAUGGGUCAGGAUCUGGCUGCUUUCAGAUUCCCACUGACCGAAUUUGUAACUGUAACACGCUUCUAACUUGUCUUCAAACAUGUGAUGACCUAACGUGUAAUCAGGUCCUAACUCCCUGCUUAGGAGAUGAUUCAUUUAACGGAAACUGUGGAAGUCAAUCAAACUCCCUAGACAGACCCCAAAAUGCUUCCAACACAGACAUGACAUUGUGGAUAACUGGUGGUAUUUUGUCUAUUAUUCUUUUGUCAGCGGCUGUCAUUAUGAUUGCAUUGAGGAAGAGAAAAUGUUGUUGCACGAGAAAAAAUCAACAAGCUAUGGGAUCUGGGCCACAGGUUGUCUCAUAUCAACCACAUCUUCAAGAUCCGGAACAAGACCAUCAUUAUGCCAGGAUUCCAAUUAACAGUGUAGGGAUUUAUGUGCAGGAAAAGGAAAAUAGCGGCUUUUAUUCCAAAGUAAAUGAGGAAAUCAGUCCAAGUGUGACGUCAUUUUCAAGUCCAAAAUAUGAACUUAGUCAGAAUAUUGCAACUGAAAAUGAUUACCAAACAAUGCCAGAAAUAAGGGAAACGCAUGAGCAAAAGUCAGACGGACGGUCAAUUGGUUUGACCAGCCCCAAAGACUCACUAGAGUUAAAGAAGGAAAAUAAAACAAUUCACUACACAAACCAGAGUUAUCAGCUCAUUAAAGAUACCGUCCCUUCCGGCAAUUACCAGGAAAUGAAUGGAGGAAAAGCACCAGAAAACCCUGACCACUGCUCUCACUAUCAGCCAAUGGACGCUACUGACCGUUACUGGGCGAUGUCCAAUCCAAAUGGUACUACUGCAGAAGAGGAAUAUACUGUGAUGGGCGAAUCAAAUAACGGCAACUGUGGGAAAGAUGCGACACAAAGCAAUUUAUAUGGCAAUGAAAUUGGGAUGCAAGAGGUUAAUGCUUAUGUUAACGAAUCAGUAGGAAGAGCGAGGGAUACCACAGAAAUUACCAAUGAUGACGAAGUGUACGAGAAAAUGUCAUACUAGAACUGUAGGUGAACAUCCCCAAUUAAAUUCAUGAACAUAGCACAAAUAUGUACCAUUUCUAGAGUACUUUUACUCCUUUAAAGUUGUUGAAAACUUUUUUGAACGGAGAAAAAAAAAAUGACACGAUGUGACAGGUCUUUGGUUUUAAAAGAUACUCUUUCAUUUUUCAAAA